CGUUGACCAUCACUUUCACAUGAGAUUAUUUUCUUUCAGUUUAGAAAACUUGGAGAAAAGGCAGUCAUGAGUCUUUCCGGAAAAGACAAGUCCAUUGUGAAGUCUGUCUGGGACAAAGUAGCCCCCAAGGCCGGCGAGAUCGGCGGGGAGGCUCUUGGCAGAAUGCUAACUGUAUACCCGCAGACCAAGACCUACUUUUCCCACUGGGCUGAUCUGAGUCCUGACUCUGCACAGGUGAAAAAGCAUGGUGGAGUCAUCAUGGCGGCUGUUGGAGAAGCCAUCGGGAAGAUCGAUGACCUUGUCUCUGCCGUGUCCAGCCUCAGUGAGCUGCAUGCCUUCAAGCUCAGGGUGGAUCCCGCCAACUUCAGGAUUCUGGCCCAUAACAUCCUCUUGGUUUUGGCCAUGUACUUGCCUGGAGACUUCACUCCAGAGGUCCACCUCUCCUUCGACAAGUUCCUGCAGAACCUGGGUCUGGCUCUGUCCGAGAGAUACCGCUGAGCUCCAGUGAUCCAAAAAGCACCAGCUGCACACGUGCGGCGUGGCGCCCACAACGAUGUCAACAUCCCUUUUAAAUUAACUGUGGGUUAAUAAAACAACAUGAAGUGUCUAAA